CUUUCUUGAUAUCCGAGCCGGUAACCUGGUGGUGGUAUCGUACGGUGAUGGUCCCGAAGUUGCUUCACGAGUUAACUCGGGAUCCCCGUUAUGUCCAAGUCCGCGAACCUCUGGGAAGGGCACCGUGCACACGUUCAUCGUGUUUUCGCGCAUCAAAGGAAUUCAACUAUUCCAAUAGAUAAUGCUUGGUAAUGGUGAUAUCAAUUUGAAAAUAAUCCAAUGAGAAAAGGUAUAGUUUAUUGGGAACAAGGAUAAAUAUAAGACAGAUAAAAAAGAAGAGGAGAGAAAGGUGAGAGGAGGAAGUGACCGAUCCAUCGAUGACACACGAUGACCAUGAAGAUCAUCGCUAGAUGAUCGAUCCAUCUGUAAAAUCUUCCAUGAAUUUGACACGGUGAUUUAAAGGUGAUAAGUGGUAUCAAGAGAUAUAACACGACUGGAUAAUUGACACACCUUUAGCAAAAAAAAUUGUGAAACUUUUGGGUAUCGGUAUUUUUGUAAUUGGCACGUGGAAGUGUCCAAUACCCCCACCAUCGUCGUCAUCAUGGUUACGUAUCUUCUAUUGAGUUUGUUAAUUGUCAUCAAUAUUCAUCCAAACGAGGCAGAAUGGCGACCAUGCGUAGAAUUAAAACGCGAUUUACAUGUACCCUGCAAAUGUCAGAUUUCAUCGAAUUAUCCAAGAUCCGUAGAAAUGGAUUGCGAUCAUGUUAUGUUUACACGUGACGCUUUGGACAGUUUAAAGGGCCAACCGAUAGUUUCGAUCAGCCAAAGACACUGUGGUUAUCAAAGUUUACCAGAAGAACUAGUUGGAUCUGGCUUAACCUUGAGAGAGUUAGAUCUCUCCGAUAAUUCCAUUUACAGAUUAAUGGAUCGUCAAUUGCAAGCACAAACUCAAUUACGUGUAUUGAGAUUGGCCAAUAAUCUUCUUGGUGAUAAUUUGAAUCCUAUUUUUUCGAGCAAUGAAUUUCAUGGUAUGGAAGAAUUACGUAGACUUGAUCUUCGGAAAAAUGGGCUACGUAAUAUCGAGGAAGGAAUUUUCAAAGGUUGCAUUAAUCUCGAAGAACUUUAUUUGGAUGAAAAUAAUAUGACUACUGUACCUACUGCUUCAUUGAAAGGACCAAAAGGCAUCAAGAUAUUAUCCCUUAUUGGAAAUAAUAUUGGUUCCCUUUCACGAGGAGCAUUUUUAACACUAGGUGAAUCUUUGUUACGUUUGGAUCUCAGUAAUAAUGGAUUGUCACAUAUGGAGGAUGGUUCUCUUUCUGGAUUAGAACAUUUGCUUUUUUUAAACAUAUCUCGAAACGAUCUCACUCGAUUUAAUAGCGAUGUAUUUAAAGGUGCAUACAAUUUAUUGCAAUUGGAUCUUUCUGUAAACUUCUUACAAGAAUUCCCUACUUAUGCUUUGAGACAUUUAACCGAUUUGAAGUUUUUAAAUAUAUCGAAUAACUUAAUUACCGAAAUUGAACGUUCCCAUUUGUUAGGCCUAACCGAAUUACAAGUGCUCGAUCUAAGUCGAAAUAAUAUUGGUCGACUUGGAAUAAAUACGUUCUCCAGUCUUUCUUCUUUGACUAGACUCGAUUUAAGCUUAAAUGCUUUGCGUACGAUAGAGGAAUCAUCCUUUGAAGGAUUAGUAAAAUUAAAAUGGUUGUCGCUUCAGGAUAAUAAUAUUCUAUUAGUACCAGCUACAGCACUAACACGACUACCAGCAUUGGCUCAUCUUCACGUUGAAUUCAAUCGUGUAGCGGCACUAUCCGCGGAAUUAAUUCGAUCUACGUCAUCUAGUCUCGUUACGUUAGGAUUAACGCGUAACUUGGUACGAGAAAUCCCAGGUCGAUUGUUUUAUAAUUUCGAAAAUCUCAUUAGCAUAGAACUUUCUGGCAACAUGUUGUCUACUAUUUCACAAAAUACGUUCGCCGGUUUGGAAGAUACAUUAUUGAACUUGGAUGUUUCCUACAAUCGUUUAACCACUAUAAACGAAUUACCAUUAAGAAAUUUAUUAUCUUUAAAUUUGGCUGGUAAUCAAUUGAAAAGGAUUUCUCCAGAAACUUUUAAACAAUUGCCAAGAUUACAAUAUCUUAAUCUAAGUAGUAAUGCACUUUAUGGAGGAUUUCCACCGAUAUUUCCAUCAUCCUUGUAUAUACUCGAUAUAUCUUAUACAGGAUUGAAAAUUUUACCGACAGUCUUGAUGUUGAAUUUGGAAUCAUUGGAGAAAAUUUAUUUAUCUGGAAAUCAUUUGCAAGAGAUAGACGAGGGUACUUUCCAACAUCAUUACAAUUUAUCUGUGAUAGAUUUAUCUAAUAAUUUUAUCGAACACAUCGACAAUGGAGCUUUCGUAGGCUUGAUCAAUCUUUACGAGCUUAAUUUACGUGGCAACAGAUUGACGUCAUUCAUCGGUGAAUAUUUCAAUACUGGAACAGGAUUACAAAUAUUGGAUUUAUCGAAUAAUCGUUUGAAUCAAUUAUCACCAACAGCUUUUGUGAUUCAUCCUAGAUUGAGAAGUCUCGAUUUGUCCAACAAUAAUUUUGUUCAUUUCCCUAGCGAUUUUAUCAAAUCUUUGCAAUUUUUGGAACAUUUGGAUUUGUCGAGAAAUGAAUUAAAAAACGUCGGUGAAUUUUCAUUCUCGCAAAUCGGUCGACUGCAUACAUUGAAUCUUUCAGGAAACAAGAUAGAAUCAGUCGAAGAAUUGGCCUUCCAUAAUUCUACACAACUUCAAAUAUUGGAUCUGUCUAACAACGUCUUAGAAACGUUAAGCGAACGUACGAUGGAGGGCUUGUUACGUCUUCAACAUCUUGAUCUUCAAAAUAACAAAUUAGCUUCAUUACCCGAAACCAUAUUCGAUCAAUCGAGAAUUCGUUCAGUGGAGAGCAUCGAUCUAUCGGGAAAUUACUUCAAUGAAAUACCAAUAAGAACUUUACAGAGACAAUCAGCAUCGUUAUUCAGUUUGAAAAUUGCAAGAAAUAAAAUGACUGAGGUAUUUACACAAGAUAUAGUUAACAAUGUUAAAGAACUUGAUCUUUCGGAAAAUCCACUAAGCGAAAAUGCUGUACGUGGUAUAUUAGGAGAAGCUAAGAUAUUAAGAUCUUUGAAUUUAGCCCAAACUGGUAUCAAAAUUCUGACCAGACUUGAGACACCAUUUUUAAAGCAUUUAAAUCUUUCUGGCAACGAUAUAAUAGACAUAAAACCAGCUGUUCUUGAACGUACCACCAUGUUGGAAAGUCUCGACCUAUCUAGAAACAAAUUGACGGAUUUCUCUAAUUUGAUUAAUACAUUUAAAAUACUUCCCACUCUUCAAAGUUUGGAAAUUUCUAGCAACGACGUUAAAGCUAUCAAUGAAAGCAGUUUUGAUGGAUUAUCCACGUUGCGUUCACUCAAGAUCGCUGAUCUUCCUAAUUGUACGAGAAUAGAAAAGAACGCAUUCAAACACUUGGGAAAAUUACGUUCGUUGUACGCAUAUAAUUAUCCGAAAUUGGGUUAUUUCGACGUGCAAGGAAUAUUGAAAGGGAUGCCAAACCUAGAAACCUUAGAUAUUGAAAUCAAAGAUUCUUCAGUGGGAAACGAGCAACUUUCUAUAAGAACGCAUCCUCGUUUACGACUAUUAACUUUACGAGGUGAAAGAUUACGUACUGUACUUUCAAGUUCGUUGGUAGGUGUACGUGUACCUUCAUUAUCCCUCGGCUUGAAGAAUACAUCCGUUGACACAAUACCAGCAGCUCUUUUCUUCCCAGUACCACGUUCUACGGUAGUAUCAUUGGAUAUAACAGGAAAUAAAUUCACUGCUUUGCCCGUUCAACUGUUGGCUGCUCUAGAUGAAAGAAGCGGUUCCGUAAAACUUACCGGUUUGGAUAGCAAUCCUAUUAAUUGUAAUUGUGAAACAAAACAUCUUUGGAGAUGGUUAAAAGGAUUAGCCGAUAGAGCACCUAAUGUUAUUUGUAUGACUCCUGAUUAUGUAUCAGGAAUGUUACUAAACAAUCUUACCGAGGAAUAUCUUACCUGUGAUCGAACAACCCUUAGUAGAUAUCAAACAACAGAAAUGACACCUUCCUCGAGAUCAACCACGGCUGAACCAGAGAUUAUCUGGACUGUACAACCUACGACUCAGAACAAUAGAAAUAAAAAUUACAACGGAGAUCAUACCAGCAGUGUUUCCGUCGGAAAUGUGUCAAGUACAGACGACACUUUAAUAAUUGGCAUAGUAGGUGGUGUCGUCGCUUUCAUAGCCAUCAUUGUCAUAGUCAUCUGCAUUUGUCGGCUCAAGUGGAGCACUCAAAUGAACGAAGCUAGAAUGACAGCAGUAGCAUCUAGUAUUCACGAAGCUUCAAUGAUAAGACCCGCUAGUGCUUAUUCUGGUAAAAUUAAUCACGAUGUUUACGUGGGAUCUUAUAACGGAUCAACGUUAGGUCGUGGUAACGGUGUACAUGGUUCUUCGGUACCUACUACACCAGUACAAAUGAUGCCCUAUGUUCAACCAGUACAUGUUAUGCAUCCAUUCGCACCACCCCCGCAGGUAUCGCAACCGUUAUACGGUUAUUAUGAUAAUCCACCGGUACCGAUGUAUGUCACAUGUCCAUCUGAAAAUAAGUUUGAUAGAUAAUAAAACGUGCUCAUUAAUCGUCUUAAAAGUGAUCACGUCAAAUUUCUCUAAUUUAAUUGAUUAUCAUCUGUUAUUCGAUUAUUAUUGAUUCGUAUUUUUUUUUGUUAAUAAUUUUGUUAAUAAUCGAGAUAUUAUAAAUGGUGCUAUAUGAACACAGUGAUUAAUCAUCAACAAGAAUUUCAAGAGAUCGGAUAAUCAGUUAUCAAAGACAGAUUCAAGAUCGUAGAAUUUUUUUUUGUUAUAGAUAAUCAAUUCGAUUAAGUUUUGAUUUCAUAUAAAACACAAUUGAAAUAUCUAUUCCGAUUGUGCUUGAGAGCAUUUUUUAAUUAAAUAAAAAGGUUCAUUAUAACUUUAUGAUAUCUUUAGAAGUGUGCUAGACAACAGGAUGUGAGUUUUUAAAGUGAAUGUAUUUCUUUUUCUUUUUUUUUUCUUUUUUUAAUUUGUAUGUGUAUA